AUGCGCACACAAGCCGUUGUGACAGAGAUGGCGCUGCCCAAAGGAGCUCUCCGUUUAAACCAGCUUGUCAUCAGUCGUCGUUUCAACCAAUUCACCUCACGUGCGGGUGUCCGGUCGUUGUCUGACCACGUGUCGUCUAGACCCGUACCGCCCAGUGCCCCAGAGACCGCGGGUGACCAUCUAAUCUACACACAAGAGCACUUUGCAUUAAAGGAGUCCCUCAGAAAGAUCAUCGACCAGGAGAUCAACCCCCACGUGGAUCAGUGGGAAGCAGAAGGGACGUUUCCAGCCCAUAAAAUCUUCAAGAUCUUAGGAAGUGCUGGCUUUCUAGGAGUCAACAAACCAGUUGAGUAUGGAGGCCUGGGUCUUGACUUCAGCUACAGCGUGGCCGUUUCAGAGGAGCUGGGCAACAUUCGCUGUGGAGGCAUCCCCAUGGCAAUCGGUGUGCAGACGGACAUGGCUACUCCUGCACUGGCCAGGUUUGGUUCAGCAGAGCUAAAGGAAGAGUUCCUCCUUCCCUCCAUCUUGGGGGACAAAGUAGCUUGCCUCGGAGUUAGUGAAGUCGGAGCCGGCUCUGAUGUCUCAAGUAUCCUGACCAAGGCAGUGAGGAAAGGGGAUGAAUAUGUGAUCAACGGGGGAAAGAUGUGGACCACCAACGGUACCCAGGCUGACUGGAUAUGUCUCCUCGCCAACACAAGCGACGCGGCCCCACACAGGAACAAAUCCCUCAUCUGUUUGCCCAUGACUCUGCCAGGAGUACACAUCGCCCGCAAGAUUGAUAAGCUCGGUAUGUGGUCAUCAGACACAGCUGAAGUGUUCUUCGAUGACGUUCGUGUGCCCUGCAAGAACAUCAUCGGCCAGGAAGGCAUGGGCUUCACCUAUCAGAUGCUUCAGUUCCAGGAAGAGAGGCUCUGGGCCGUGGCCAAUAUCGUGACCAUGAUGGACAACAUCAUUCAGGAGACCAUCCAGUACACACGGCAGAGGAAGAUCUUCAAGCAGCCCGUCCUCUACCACCAGUCGGUUAACUUCAGGUUGGCUGAGCUGCAGACGGAGGUCGAGCUGCUCCGCUCCCUCCUCUAUCGCGCCACAGCAUUGUACAUUAAAGGCAAUGAUGUCACCAAGCUGGCAUCCAUGGCCAAAUUAAAGGGGGGCCGUCUGGCCAGGGAAGUGGGUGACAGCUGUCUUCAGUAUUGGGGAGGAAUGGGCUUCACCAGUGACGUGCUGGUCAGCAGAUUUUACAGAGAUUCCAGGUUAUUGUCAAUUGGUGGAGGGGCUGAUGAAGUCAUGCUGGGAAUCAUCUGCAAGUACAUGGACACACUACCCAAGAAAUGAUGCCAUAAACAUCUGCACCAAACGGACUGAUGGAUGCUGCUCCACCGCAGACAAGCCAAUUCUUCCCAAUAAAUUGCUAAACACAAAUCAUCUAAGUGUACUUGACAUACUCGAGGAAGUAAAGCUGUUAUGAUAAUUUGCCUUUGUUUUAAUUGUACUGUAUGUGGUCUGGUCAGCUCAAACACAGUUAUGAAGCUCCUGUGUUCUGGUUUUUCCAAGAGCACACAGCCUACAGUGGAAUUGUAUUAUUUGUAAUGAGUGAAUUUAAACAUUUGAGACUAAAUCAAUUUGUAUAAUAUUUGCAAAAUGUGUGCAAAAAUAACUUGUCAAAUAAAUAAAGAAAAGAUUUUAA